AUGCUGUUCACUUGCUUGGGCAGACCAGCACAGCUCACUCGAUCACUAGCACGCUCCGCCUCGUCUAUCCUCGCCGUCGCUCCCUCCUCGUCUCGACACCUCGCACUUCCCCUCGCGUUCCUCACCGUCAAAGGAUGGGAUUCGCACGGGACACAGGGCUGGGAGGACUGGAUCUCUCGCUUUGCCGCUCGAGGGUACUCGUCGCUCCUCCUCCAAGUUGACCCUGCUGCCGCUCCUUCUACUUCCCUUGACGGUCUCGAGUCAGAACUCGUCCGCCUCCUCCGCGACCCGUCCGCCUCGUCCCCUUUCCCUCCCCUGCUCUUCGCUUCGUCCGGAAGCUCCCUUCUUGCCGAGCAAUACGUCUCGUCGCACCCGCUGUCGGGACUCUGCCUCGUGGACCCCGUCAACCCCUCCUCGGCACACAAAUUCUUCCCUCACUUUUUCUCCAAACCGCUCGACGGCUUCAACUACGAGCCCGGGUUCCCUAUCGCCGUCGUUGAAAGUGGGAGCAAGCAGGCGGACGAGGAGCACUGGCUUUUGAAGGACUUUGGGCCGCAGGAAGGGGAGGAUGAGGAGGAUGCGCUUGUUCGGCGGCUACGAGGCGAGCGGGACGAAGGUGGGUGGCAGAAGAUGAUGGACUGGAUGGACGAGAAUUCACUGUAA